GAGCAAUUACAUUUAUGAGAUAAAUAUAUUAAAUUUUAAAACAAUUAAAAGCAAAAAGAAACAUUUAAGUAAUAAAAUAAAACAUGGAUUACGUAAAACAAGAUUUACAAAAUUGGAAGUCUUUAGUGAAUAGUUUUCCUAGUGUCAUUAUUGAUUUGAUUUCACAAAAACUAAAUUAAAAUGGCUAUACAAAUAUUUCAUAUUUAUAAAAGGGAGUUUAAGGAGAAAUUUUAAAAGCUUAUUCUAAUAAUGAUUCUAAAUUCGUAUAAAUCAAUAUCUAAUAAUAGAAUAAAAAUGAAUACUAGUCUAUAAAAGAUCAAUAUGAUAGCUUGAUUGCCUUGAAGGAUACUUAAUACAUAGUGAAGUACUUAAGAAUGAUUUACUUUGAAGACAUUUUUAUAGCUGCUAUUGUUUCUGAGUGUUAUUCAACAACUCUGAAAGACGAAAUGUAAAGUUUGAGAGAAAAAGGAAGCUGGUUUUAAGAUGAAGCAAUCAGCUUAAGCAUAAUUAAUCUAUGCUUAAUAGUUUAAGAACUUCAUUUAAACCAAAUUACUCAUUAUAAUUUAGAACCUUCUAAGAUUGUUAAAUAAGAUGAUGGUCUUUAUAAAAUUAAUGACUUAAGUCUAUAUGUUUCUUUAAAAAUUGAUAAAUAGGCAGCUAUUUCUUAUUUAAAGUCUAGCUCUAGAUAUGGCUCUCCUGAAUUAGAUUAAAUGAUUGAAAAAGGUAAUGUAUAGGCUGUGAAUGAAAAAUCUGAUGUAUUUUCUAUGGCUCUAAUUAUUUUUGAAGUGCUUGGAUAUCCUAUUGAUGAUAUAAUAAUUAAAUAAAUAUAGAAUGGUCAUUUUACUGAUCAAUAAAUCGUUGAUGGAUUUAGAUUCAAGUAACUUUAAAAGCUUCUUAUAGACAGUUUUUUCUCAUUAGCUCAAGAAAAAAGAAUUGAAUCUUAUGAAAUAGUUCAUGCUUUAUUACCUUUGCUUCCUUUAACUUAGUAAGGAUUGAAUAAAGUAUAUAAUCAAUUGGAAUUUAUAGUAAAAAAAGAUCCUUACUCCUUUAUUUAGAAUGUACCCUUUAUUUAAAAAGCAAGAGCUUUCAAUAAACUCGCAUAAAUAAUAGUAUUAAAUAAUCUUCCAAAUAGUCAAAAACAAGAUGUUGUGAAUUCUGAAUUGGAAGCUUCAGAUAUAUUUUUUGAGCUAGGUGAUGCUUUCAAAUCUUUAGAGUUGAGAUUAAAAGCCCUUUCAUAUUAUUAACAAACUCAACCAAAUAAUAAUUUGAAAUUAGCUUAAAUAAAUACUAAAAUUGCUUCAAGUUAUAUGAAAUCUCAGGAUUAUAAUAACACAUUAAAGUAUGCAGAAACAGGAUUUUUAUAAUCCAUAGAAGCACACAAAGGAGAUUCUAUAAACGGAGCAUCUUGUUUAUAUAUGCUUAGUUGGUGCUAUUUUGGUCUAAAUGAUUUAUAAAAAGCUCUAGACUAUGGCUAAAGGUCUCUUGAAAUGAAGAAAAAAGUCUAUCCUUAAAAUGAUUUAUAAAUUGCAGUAUCUUUAAGCUUCAUAGGAAGUAUUUAUGACAAACUCAAUCAAAUAGAUGUCGGGCUAUAAUAUAAGCUAGAAGCAUUAGAUAUUAGAUAAUAUUAGUUCAAUUAAGGAAACAAAAGUGCUUAUGUACAUUUAAUAUAUUCAAAUAUAGCUCUCGGAUCUGCUUAUAUUUAAAUGAAGGAAUACUAAACUGCUCUUAAUUAUCAUAUGUAAGCUUAUGAGCUGAGAAAAAUGAUAUAUGGACUCUAUCAUUAAGACACUGUUGAGUCUUUAUAAAGAAUCAAAUAUAUUUACACUUAAAUUAACAAAGAUGAGGUUAAAAGAGUUUAAUAAGAAAUAGAUAAUAUAUUAUCAAAUCCAAAGUAUCGUAAAACACAUUGACAUUUUUAAAAUUGCCAUAAUAAGAUGAUUUUUUUCUAAAAUUAUCAUGUAAAAAUUAGAUCUUCGU